CAAUAAUAAAAUUUUUAUUCUGUAUUAAGUGUUUAUCCCACCCUAGUGUGCGGAACUGCGACGUUUAUUUUUACACUGUACAUCAUUGACUAUGCAAAAUGUGGGCCCAAACAUAUCGGCAAAAGUGUUCAUCCUGUGGCGUGGAGCCGCGCGAGGAAGUCCUCCGAGUUGAAGAUGGUAGGAUUGUAUUUCCAGGUAGCACGUUGGAGCUCUUCCACUCUCGACUAACGGACGAGGAUCUACACGCUAUUCUACAAGCUGCCGUGUCGAGUUUACCAUUAAGUGAGUUAGUUCUGCCGUACAACAAUAUUACUUCCGUUGGUUGCAAAUACCUUUCGGAAGUCCUGCGGCGUGAUCUGAAUACAAUAAUGGUGAUCGACCUUUCUUAUAAUUCGAUCGAAAGUGAUGGAAUUGAUGAAUUGGCAAACGCAUUGGCAUCUAACCGAAGCGUGAUUCAGCUGAACCUUUCUGGCAAUCCGCUUGGGGGCUCUUGUGGUGAUGCCUUCGCAUCAAUUUUAAAGCAAAAUUGCUGUCUGAGUACACUUGAUCUGCAUAGCAUAGAUUUAAAUCUCAAUGCACUCAUUCCCAUAUGCCAUUCCCUUUCCCAGAAUACUGGGCUCAGUACUUUGCGCCUUGGUAGACCGCUCAUUAGUAACCCCGAGGACAUAAACUACGCGGCCCAUUAUAUCGGUCUUGGCCUUCGUGAAAAUGUAACGCUACGGGAGUUGGAUCUGAGCUACUUUAAUAUGUACGAUAGACAUUUUGAGUCCUUACUGCCUUCAUUGUCCCUUUGUGGAAUUAUUCGACUUUCUUUGAAGGGGAACAAGUUUUCCCCUGGGGCAGGUCCUUUACUUGCUGAAUUGUUAAACGCACGCGAUAAUUUCGACACGUUGGAUAUCAGUGCGAACCGGCUAGGUGACGUGGGUGCUGCGGCACUAGCUCACGCUGUUGGCCAACACACCAGCUUGCAUGCGCUAUUCUUAGGCAACAACGGGAUCGGUGAAAAGGGUUUAGAGGCGUUGGCAGAGGGUGUCAAGAAUUGUGCUUCCUUACAACGGCUAGAGCUUUGGGGAAACGCUCUUGAUACCCCUGCAGCGGCACGCAUGAUGUUUUGCAUACAUGAGAAACUUGAUCGUCUUGAGUACACAGACUUCAAGGUAUAUUUUGUGGAUGGUAGCCCUGCAAUUUACAAGACAUCUUAG